GGGGCCAUGGACAAACCAGUGUGCUUGAUUGACACGGCGUCCGAUGGGAAGCUGUGUGUCCAGCGCUCAGCGUUGCAGGUUCUGGAGCAGAUCCAGCAGCCCGUGGUGGUGGUGGCCGUGGUGGGUCUCUACCGAACUGGGAAGUCCUACCUGAUGAAUCGACUGGCAGGGAAGCAAACAGGGUUUGCACUGGGCAGCACAAUCGAGUCCAAGACGAAGGGCAUCUGGAUGUGGUGUGUGCCUCACCCCACUAAAGCAGGAACCACUCUGGUGCUGCUGGACACCGAGGGACUCGGAGACGUGGACAAGGGCAACUCAGUGCAUGACACCAGGAUCUUCUCUUUGGCUGUCCUUCUGAGCAGCACUCUAGUCCUGAACAGCCGAGGAACUAUUGACAACAGGGCUAUAGAGGAACUGCAAUACGUCACUGAGCUAACGGAGUACAUCAAGAUCAAGUCACCUGAUGAAGUUGUAGAUGACGGAGAGUUUGUCAAGUUCUUCCCCAGUUUUAUCUGGGCUGUGAGGGACUUCACUCUGCAGCUUAAAAUCAAUGAGAAAGAUGCAACAGAGGAUGAAUACCUAGAGUUUGCUCUGAAGCUAAAACUAGGUACCUCGAUGCAAGUGAACAAUUACAACCUUCCAAGAGAGUGCAUUCGUAAAUACUUCCCAUCUCGGAAAUGUUUCACCUUCCCAUUCCCAACCAAUCCAGACAAUGUCUCUUAUCUGGAGACACUGGACCCAGAGGAGAUUUCAGAACGAUUCUUGGAGGUCACGAAUCGUUUCUGCCAGUUUAUCUUUGACCAGAGCCAAGUGAAAAAUCUGAAAGAUGGACACACGGUCACCGGCAGAGUUCUGGGUCAUCUUGUAAAAACCUACGUAGACACCAUCGCCAGUGGAGCUGUGCCAUGUCUGGAGAAUGCUGUGAUCGCAAUGGCACUGAUUGAGAAUGAGGCUGCUUUUCAGGAGGGGCUUGAGGUGUACCAGAGUGGAAUGGAGAAGCUGAAGAAGUCCUUCCCUCUGGAACUGAAUGAAAUCACUUGUGAACACCAAUGCUUCAGUCUCAUGGCAACACAGACCUUCAUGAAACGCUCCUUCAGGGACAGUGAUGGGAAGUUCUUGACAUCUUUAGAGGAAGCCAUCAAUCAUCAGUUUGACAGGUAUCUCCAGGACAAUGAGAAGGCCUCUGAGGCUAAAUGUGAAUGUCUUCUAUCAGUUCUCUCUGAAGCAAUGACAGAGAGGAUCAAUCAAGGGUUUUAUGCCACAGCUGGUGGGUACAAUCUCUUCUGUCAGGACCUGGAGGACAUUGUGAAUCAGUACAAUACACUGGCCUAUCAAGAAGUCAAGAUUGCCGAGGUGUUGGAGAAAUUUCUACAGCAAAAGGUUGCAGUCACCACAGCCAUUCUGCAGGCUGAUGAUAAACUAACCGAAAACGAAAGAAGGAUUUGCGAGGAGAGAGAGCGGGCAGUCCUUCUGGAACAGGAGAUCAAGGCCCAGGAAGAGAGGCAGCGUCAGCUGGAGGAGAAGAUGGUGACUGAAGAACAGAAUAAUGAGGAGAGGGUGAGACAGGUCAUACAGAAGAUGGAAGAGGAGAUGUCCUUCCAACAGCAGGAGACGCAGCGCGCCAUGGACAGUAAGCUGAGGGAACAGGCUGCCCUGAUGGAGAAGGGCUUUCAAGAGAAAGCCGACAAAAUGGCCAGCGAGAUCGAGGAGUUGAAGAGGAAUAAUAACGAGGUAGAGGACAGGAAGUCCAGGGAGUUUGCACAGAAGAUAGCAGAUCAGGAGCGAAGAAACGCACAGAACUUGGAAGUGAUGAGGCAACAGCACAGACAGCAGAUGGAGGCGAUCAACAGCAGACCGAGACCUUCAUCUCCAGGCUGUUCUAUACAGUGAAAUCUGCUUUUACACAAUAAUCUCCCUGAAUGCAAUAUCCUUUUUGACUUUAUAGUUACAAAGCUUUUUAUUUGAUGUCAUAGCUGUUUCAACUUCUGCAUGGUAAUGUGUGAGCGCUGAUCAUCCGUUUUUCUGAAUGUAAUGCUGACAUGGUUACCAACCUUAUUCAAGGAGAACAGUGUUAGCUAUAUGGACUAUGAAUAUGUAUGUAUAGAGAUUAACAUUGUAAAAUAAACUGCUGGACAUGCACCAAGCAA